CGGGCGGGCCUCACUGUAAUUGGAGGUGCCGAGAAAUGCAACGGAAAACAGGACACUACACUUCUGUUCUCCCUCUCCCUCUUAUAAAUUCAAAUUCAUACACCUAUUUUUUGUCUUCAUUACUACUACUAUCAUCUUACAUUCUUCUUCUUCUUUACAUGUUCUGUUCAAGAAAUCAACAAAGUUUCAUUAAAGUAAUUGGUGCAUUCUUUGCAUCUUCUCUUUGUAAUCAUCAGUACUACUAGUCUCUGCAUUCUCUUGAAGAAGAAGAGUUGAAGUUCAUACACAUAAUUAUAUCUUCUCAGUUAGUUCUCCAUAAUAUUGCAUUCUUGUUCUUAAUCCUCUUUUCUUGUUCUGCUCAAGAAAUCAUCAAAGCUUCGUUAUAGUAAUUGGUGUAUUAUUUGUUCAAGAAAUCAAAGUUUCUGUGCAUUCUUUGUUCAAGAACAAUGGUGAUGAUAAGAGAUUUGGGUGGGGAUCCAUCUGAAGAUCAGAAGGUAGAGCCUCUUACAAAAACUCAAUGCCACAUCUGCAUAGGCCCUCCAAGAGUGCCCUCCUUUCCCUUUGCUAUUAUCUCCCAGAGUUACUGCAAACUGCAAUCACGAUACCCUGAAAAGACAUUGAGUAUAACAUCUGUUGAAGAGGGGUGGAGUUCCAAAGAUGACUGGGAACAGAGAGCUGAGUUAAACGUAUUAAGAUUCCUGAAGUAUACUUUAGAAGCAGAAGAAUUCCAUAUGUUAUCAUGCAAAUCUUUGAUCUGUCUAUAUAGUAAGCGUUUCAGCUACAUAUGCAACCCAGCAUCAGGAGAACUCAAACGUAUUACACCGAUUAAUCAUCAGAGAGAUGGGAUUGGGUUUGGAUUCGAUGCAACAGAAAAUCAGUACAAGCUAGUUUUAUUGCAUUUGACUGAUGAUUUGACAUCGUGUGAUAUUUUAACACUUGGCACCAAUUCAAGGAGCAGAGCCAUAAAUGAUGACCCGGCCGUGCCUACAUACAAUGCAAAAGCCUCCUGUCCUACGACAAUACGAGAAUCAAUUUACUGGAUUACAACGCCAAUAAUGGAUGUCCUAAGCUUCAACGUUGAAAGCAGGAAAUUCAAAUUAAUCCCUGCGGCCAUGGACCCGAUUGAUAGUCAAGAGAUACGAGUCCAGAAAAAUAUAUUCUAUAGUUUGGGUGAAGCACUAGGAGAUUUAUGUAUGGUGUAUCACAAUGGAAUUAGUAAGCGUCUUUGGGUAUGGACACUGAUUGAGGAUGCAGUCCGCAGUGAUGAAGAACAUCAAUGGUGUUGGAGAUAUAACAUUAAUCUUACAGAUCUUCCGGCUCAUACUGUACCAUGGCAUCGUGUUACACUGAUAAGCGUUCGAGGUGGGAGGAUUAUAUUGUGGUCGACAUUGAUGGGAUUAGUUUCAUACUUUGAUGAACCCAGGUUGGUUGACAGACUAGCCAAGAAUGUGGUUCAUAAGGUAUUGGAUUAUGAGUUUGAGAAAGUAUUGUAUAAGACUUUAGGUUGGUGGAAUCAGGCAGCUGUUUAUGAGAAAAGCUCAACUCCUUCGGAUGAUAUUACUAUUGAAGAAGAACUAGCUGUAACCAGCAAAUUCAGGUAGAAGCAAUGGAGCUAGGGGAGUUUCAGCAAAAGCUUUAGAUCCAGAGCAGGCGGAAGCAUUGGGUGCAUUUGAAACAAUAAAAUGGGCUAAAGACAAAGGAAUAACAAGAUUACAUUUAGAAGGGGAUAACCAAAGGGUGGUGAAUGCUUUGAAUGGAAAUAUUGGAGCAGUCAAUGCAGGGAUAAUUAUAGAUUCAAUCUUUCUUCUUAACAAGUUUAGUGUCAAAUGAGUGAAAUGCCUUAUAUUUCUGGCUGGCCAACUGACUGAAAGUGUCCACCUAAUUCCAUUAGAAUCAUCUUCUACUUUUUUUUUUC